AUGAACUUACUCUUGAAAGUGCGUCAACUAAUCCACAGGGGAGACCUCGACACAGCGGCUGAGUAUGCACGCUUGGCGUAUAGCAGAAACUACUGUGAGCCAACUGCUGACACCUGUGACGGUAUCAUCCGCGCCAUGUGCGAGGCAAAAAGAUAUAGAGACACCUUUGAUUUGUUCCAUUACUUUUACAACGAGUUGAAGAUGGGGUCCACAUGCCAUUCCCCAUUCUACAUCAUUAAAGCCCUUUGUGACCUAGGUCGCUUAGAUGACGCUAUUGUAUUCUGGCGUGCCACUUCGUCUCAGUCUUGCCCUUACUUGAUCAUCAAAGGGUUAGUGGACGAGGAAGGUAGGUUGGAUGAAGCCGUUUGUUUUGUGAGGAAAUACAAAGUUCCCCCGCUGGCUUGGAGCAACGUGGUCAGCGGCUUCUUGAAACUUGGGAAUCACCACGUGGCUAAUCAGCUCCUGGAGGAGUUUGAGUCUAACACUAACUCCGAAUCCGAAUCCGAAGCGCCUUUGGUUAGGUUGCUGACGUUCAUUGAGCAUUCUUUCAAUCAAGGGAAAGGCGAGGAAGCUAAGCGGUGCUACGAGUCUUUCAUGUGCAACAACAAAGGAGACAAGGGGGUCGUUAAUGUAUGUGGGGAUGUAGGAAAGGAACUCUUGAAACUUCUACUAAAGUACGGUAAGAAAACAGAAGCUUGGAUCUUGUUCAACCGAAUGCUAGAUGGUUUCAAGAUGGACUUCCAGUGUUUGGUCUCAAUUUCAGUUUCGAAAAAUGUGGAUUCAGAAACUAUUGAUAUAAUGGUGGGAGAGUGUUUCAAGGAGGGAGUGGAGACAUUCUACAAGGCGAAAGCAAAAGGGGCGAUUUUAAAACCUGUAAACUACAGGAACGUGAUUACAUGUUGUUGCGAGCAAGGGAUGUUGUCGGAGGCAGAGUGUCUCGUAGCUGAAUAUUCGGAUGUCCAUGUAUACAGAGCAUUGAUGAACGCAUAUGUCAAGGCCGGGAGAGUGGGUGAUGCUUUACAAUUAGCCAACAACAUGGUCGAUGGUGACCUAAAAAAGUUUGCUUUGGAUAUGUUGAACUAA